UGUGCAGGGGUAAUAUGUGUUGCUAUGUGCCGCUUCGGACCGAGGUUUGAAGGUACCGAACGGAGCUCCGCAUUCACUGUCCGUGCGUCCUCGUCCUGCACGGAGCAGGACGCUGCUGUACACAGUCUGCCAUCUCCAGAAUAUGCCUUGUCUCCAUGGUAACAGGCCUGAGGCAGACCCAGAAAAACAUCGGGUCAAACUCGUCGACUCUUGUCCAACAAACCUGAUCUUUGACUGUACAGAAGAGGAUUUUUAACAAAAAAUCAUGCAGUUAUAAAAAUUUGAAAUAUUAGUAAUAUUCUCUAAUACUUCUCAGGACCCAGAAUGCAGUAUCUGUCGUUUUAAAAUAUAUUUUUACUCAUUUGGGAACACAAUGCAGAGGACUGUGUAGACUCUCUAAAUGGACCCCUAAAACUUGAGCGUUAUGUCAGGGACAUAUUCAUUCUCAAUUAAGGGAUCUUAAACUGGGCAACACCAGUCCCAAACUGGUCUGUAAGGAGUCCUAAACCAGAACCAGGAUGCACCAGCUGUUCAGCCAGGUGCUGGGGCAGAGGGAUCUGUCCAGAGCAGGGGAUCUGUUUUCUCUGGAGGACACAGAGAUCGAAGCCUGUCUGUCCCAGGCUCUGGACCAGAUCAAGGCCAUCUCUUGUUCACAGGACUAUUUGACCAACGACAAUGACCAGGCGGUGGUGGAGAUUUGCAUAACGCGCAUCACCACGGCCAUUAGGGAGACGGGCUCCAUCGAGCAGCACAGCACGGCGCUGGUGGGGCUGUGGGAGUCGUGUCUCGAACAUAACCUCACCCCGCAAGGUGAAAACACAGAGGACACGCCGCACGCCAAGAUAGCCUCCGACAUCACCAGCUGCAUCCUGCAGAACUACAGUUGUCCCUCAGUCAUGGUGCUGGCGGUCCCGGUAGCGGUGCGGUUCCUGCAGCGAGGGAACAGGGAGCUGAGCAGGAACAUGUCCAGUUAUCUCUCCCUGGCUGCUAUCGCCAAGGCUGAUCUACUGGCUGAACACACAGAGGCCAUAACGCUCAGUGUGCUGGGAGGUAACCACAUGCUGUUACGGGUGUUACCUUCAGUUUACCCCAGACAACCAGACACCAUCCACUGUCACCUAGGCAACCUCACUGCGAUGAUGUCACAGCUGGAAUCUCCGGAGCAGCAACACCUGAUCAGACUCAUUCAGAUUGUUGCUGAGCAACAUCCACUUAUGUUGAGCCCACAGGUGCCCACACUAGUCAGUUACCUAGGAGACCAAUCCAUUACCGAGGCCCUACUGGGCGCGCUUGUGGAUGUGUCAGCAGCCAGCCCGUCCUCACUGGUCAGCUUUCUGCCGACGCUGAGGAUUGUGGGACAACAGUGCCCUGCUCUCCUGGGUCACGUGGCCAAAAUCCAUGGAGCCGUGGGAAUCAUCAGUGAGACUCAUGCUCACAGCUCGUUGGUCUACCUGGUGUCCUGUCUGGGCAGCAUGGAGCACAGCUUUCACCACACACUGCUGCUGGAGAUCAGAGCUCUGACCGACCGACACCCGUCUCUACUGGGAGGCUGCGGUAAAGACAUCUACAGGAUGAGCAACUCGUUCACCGCUAUAGCCCGACUGCUGGGGAGGAGACUGGAGGAGAGCACGGCCAUGCACUGCAGGGUGGACGAGGCGUGCCCGCCGUCUCCCUGUGCAACUAUCGCAGUGGGGGGAGGUAGGGGGGCAGAGCCGCGGCUGCAAGUGAAAAUUCAGGCCUUCGAGGAGAAAAUGGGAGAGGAGGGGGGAGAGGAGGAGGUGGGGGAGGACUCUCCGGCCCCCCAGCGGCGCUACAGCCUGAGCCAAGCUGUCAGGGAGGAGAGACGAGAAAUGAGAUUUAACAGGUCAAAGAGCCUGGCCCUCCACGCUGUGCGCUCACGCUCCAUCAACUCAGACACGGGGGAGGACGGUGAGGCCUUGGAGCCGAGCCCUGACAGUAUCUUCUCCAACACAUUGGUGAACUCACACUCAGAAAACCAGGAAGCAUCGCCUGCUGAGAGGAAGCUGAUGGGUGACGGCUCGAUGCCCGUCACCGCUGCCUUGGACAGAGGGGUCAAAGAGGCUGAGAAAGGUCAAAGCAGAGAGAAGGAGGAGCAGGAGGACGCUGACAGACUCCUCGUCCAUUUAAGAGACAAUAUGGAGGCGAUCAGAGAGUUCUGUAGAGACAUGGUGCAGCAGAUCCCCAUACCAGAGCAGUGUGUGAUAGAAGAUUCACAUCGAGGCUGUGUGGCAAAGCUGUCCUUCUCCUGUCCUCUUAAGGGCCACUACUGUCUGUACGCCAAGUCCUCCUUCAAGCUGACCAGCCGACAGCCGCAUCUGUGGAUACACAUCAUGCUGCUGCAGCUACAGAGUAAGUCCAGUGUCCCUCUCUGCUCCGGGGACGAAUGUGUCCAAAGGCUUGCCUCCCUUUGGGAGAAGACGCAGCUAAAAGGAGCUCACAGCUUCACCAUGGCUAUGACACAGCACACCACCCCACACAGGAAGGACCUCGAUAGUCUCCAGAUUCAGCUGGAGGAGGUGCGUUUCUUUGACCUGUUUGGCUACAGUGAAGAGGAGGGAGGUUGGCUUUGCUUCAUGUGUAACAACCCGGAGAAGGCCACAGUUGUGAACCAGGAGGGACAGCCUCUGAUCGAGGGGAAGCUGAAGGAGAAGCAGGUCCGCUGGAAGUUCAUCAAGCGCUGGAAAACCCGCUACUUCACCUUGGCAGGCAACCAGCUACUCUUCCGGAGAGGCAAAUCAAAAGAUGAGCUGGAUGACAUCCCUAUUGAGCUGAGCAAGGUGCAGAGUGUCAAGGUGGUAGCUAAGAAGCGGCGUGACAGAGGCCUGCCGCGGGCCUUUGAGAUCUUCACAGACAGUAAGACGUACGUGCUGAAAGCUCAAGAUGAGAAACAUGCUGAGGAGUGGCUGCAGUGCAUCAACGUGGCCGUGGCUCAGGCCAGAGAGAGGGAGAACAGAGAGGCUACCACCUACCUGUGAGACCAACACAGUAAAUGUAUAAGGACACAUACUGUAUAUGUGCAAACUGCGGACAAUACAUCCACAUACAAACAUACACCAAGUAAUAUUUUGUUCAUCUAUACUCAAAAACACACAACAUCCACUGCCAGUAGCCUAACUAUGUAUCUGUAAUUGGUGGUAUACACUAAUAUUAAAAAACAAUCAAAGAAAUACCUUUUAUGCAGUACUUUUAGAUUAAAAAAUAUGUUAAAUAAACCAGCAAUAAGAGACUGUCUGGGGUGUAUCCAGCCAGGAUAAUCAAUGUUACUGUUACUGACUGUUACACCAUGGAUUUACUGAUGCAUCUACAAUCGUGGACCAUAAAUUAAUGUUACAUUACACAAGUGUUAAAAUGUGAAAUUACACAUGAUCUUCAAUUUACUGGAUGAGACAGAAUGCAAAUUUUGACUCCCUUCUAUGACAGCUUCGACAGCCAAACGAAACCAGCAUCUGUGAAAACUUGGGAUUUUCUGGGUUUAAUGAUGCAUGAUUGAGAUGUAUUUGAGGCCAGAGUAGUAUUUAGCAAUAAAGACUUCAUAGAAGCACAGACCUCAUAAGGACUUGAAGCAAUAAUGAGACUGAACAGUUUCUCUUUAAAGGAGGAAAGAUGGGAAGAGGGGCCUAAUGGACAGCAGAUGGGAAGGGCAUUCAGUACUGGAAUAAUGUGUGUGUCUGUGAGAGAGAGUAUAAUUUAGCCUUAAAGGAAUAGUUCAACUUUUGGGGAAACGUGCUUACAUGCUUUUUCACUUUCUUUCCAAGAGUUAGAUGAGAUGAUUAAUACAACUCUCAUGCACGACUCUCUGUACACUAAAUGUGAAGCUGCAGUCAGACGACAGUUAGCUCACUUUAGCAUGAAGGCAACAGACUGUAUAAAAAGAGGGGAUGUAGCCACCAGGACGUCUCACUGCCGUGGAUCUUCUCCAGCCCCAGAUGGGAAUGCUCCUCUCCUGGUCCACUCUACACUCACCAUCACUACUGGCCAAUGGUGGCGCUUCAUCACCUGCUGCUGUGCCCCUCCCAGAGCUCCUUUGAGGCAAAUCUGUGAUUUGUGAUUUGGGGCUAUAUAAAUAAAAUUGACUUGACACAUUGGUUUGUGAACCACCAAUUUGAAGCCCUGAGUCUGGCACUUCGGCCAUUGCCAUCUCUGUUUUUGUAGCUUGAAGUGAGCAUAUUAUUAUUAUUAUUAUCAGCUAGUGUUAGCUACCUAGCUUGGUAAGUGAGUUGCACAAAUGCACAUGCACAUGUUGAGGCGACCAAAAUGUUACAAGUAACUUUCAUAAACUGAAACACUGUGAAUGGCCAUCACUCAUGAGGUAGACUGUAAAUGCCUAAAUUGGUUCAAUUAUAAUCUGUUGGCACAUUUUAGAGAAUAAUAUGGCCAGAAAUGAUGGGAAAACACAAUAUUUUGGGAUGUCCAAAAAUGACCCUCCACGAAAAAAGUCAUAUUAAUAUAGUAUAGUAUAGUAUAGUAUAGAUGGUUUUUAUCAAAAGUGGUUUGGUUUUAAAAUGUCUAAAUGUCAAUUAUAGUCUGUUGAUAAAUAUUAGAGCAUAAUAUGGCCAGAAAUGAAACACCAUAUAUACAUACUAUAGUAUGUCGAUUUUUGUCAAAAAUUGUCAAAUUCUAAAAUGCCUAAAAUUCUAGAAAUGGAUCAAAUAUAGUCUGUUGAUACAUGUGGUAGAGUAGUUUGUCCAAAAAUAGUGAAAAAAACACCAUAUUGUGGGAAUUUACUGACAUAAUAAAACAAGUGGGAAAUAGGGUCUUUUUCUCAUUCUAUACAGUUUAACUUAUUUAUACAGCCCCCUACUGGCCAUUAGAAAUAAUUCAAGUUUAAAGCACUUUUGCAUUGGCUUCACUUUUCAGACCUGGGGAUUGCCGCUUGAUAAAAGCUGGAAUAUGAGUGGACCCUGCUAGCAUGGCUCAGUCCAACAGUAACAAAAUCCCUCCAAAUCUAAUCAUCUCUAAAUCUUACUUGUCAGCAACUUGUGGUUUUUUUGUUUUUUUUAUCGUACGACAACCAAAGUAAAAGAUAUCUUGUGGUUUUUUUGGGGCUAUGUGUGGGUGAUGUUGACUGAACCACUGAUCUUCUCAUCUAACUCUUUACUGAUCUUCUCAUCUAACUCUUAGCGAGAAAGCAUGUUUCCUAGAAUGUGGAACUAUUCCUUUAAUAUACAUUUAGUGUCCAUAUGGAAUAUGAAUGUACAUAUUCAAUCCAGUGUUUGAUAAUAAUUUGUAUCUUGUAUUUUUGAUUGUAUAUUUUUGAUUUAUACUACUGUAAUUUUUAUCACUAACAAAACUUUUUUUCUCUGGCAACAGCUCAAAUUGAGUUCUUUAAAGAUCAGAAGUGCUUCCUUCAACAUAUAAGAGCACAUUGUUUGAAGAAAACACUUAAACCCUAUUUUCUGUUUUCUGCUCUUGUACUAAAGUGACUUAUAAAGCAACCCCCCCUCGCAGUUAGCACAGUGAUCAGAUUUCUGUUCUUUUGCAAUCUCGGUACCGUAUGGACCGGGUUAUUUUUGGCUUUCCCAAAAGAAUUGUCUACAACAAUUCACUCCAUGUUUGACGAGGAUCAGUGUCAGCUCAACUGUUGCUUAAUAGUGAGAGUUAGACCACAGGUUUCUAUGAAAACAUUGAUGUAAAUUAGUGGUUUCCGUGUGGAUUUAGAAACUGUGCCAGUACAGUCAUACUGAUUUAAUCCUGAUCGAUGAUUCAGCGAAAGGUUUUGUUGAAACAGUAAGAGACUGAAGGUGAUAUGCAGCUAUCUCCAGCUACAUUAUUUUAAAACAGAUCCUUUCCAAAGGUCAUAGUUUAAAAGCUUUUCUGUUUUGUAGUCUUGUGUUUAAACUGUGAGAUUGGAUGAAGUGUAACUGAGCAUCUGACUGUGAGCAUUUGAGCUCCAGUUUUUUUCUCUCUCUCUGAUUUCAGUGGACUGAGACAGUCCCAGUUUUUACAUCCUUAUAAAAGAAGAAAGACCCCAGCCUGUGGCAGUACAUAUAUGUGGAGCAUUAUAACUCCCUUAUGUUACUCACUAACCAGGAUGGAGAUGACAAACAUGUCUUGAUCCAGUUAAGCUCUGAUCUGCCUGCUUCAGACUAACAUCCAUGGUCGGCCGUGACAAAUCAAUUAUUUUCUAUGAUGUCUGAUUUUGAUCUAUAUCUGGAUCCACAUGUGAGGUGUGUGUGUGUGUAUG